UCAGUGGAGUCUGAUUUCAGUUUCGAUUUUAGAAUGCGACGGUUCUUUAGCACGCGACGCUUCUUUUUGUGCGGCAAGAAUAAAAUUAGCAUUUUGAAUCCAUGCAGCAGCUGCUCCACCAUCAUCUGCACCACUCUCUACAGGCUGGUGGUGUUGGGCAUGUUCUGUCUGCUGGUCACGCUGCUCCUGGAACGAGAUGCAGCAACAAAAACUGUGGCGCCUCCUCCUCCUCCUCCUGUUGCAUCUUCCCGCAUCUUCUGCAUCAUCUCCACCUACGGCUAUCGACAUAAUUCUGCGGCUGUCUACGUCAAACGCACCUGGGCCCAGCACUGUGAUCAAUUCCUAGUUGUCAGCGACGAUUCACACGAGGAGCUCGAACCCGCAGUUUUCAUGAAUCUGCCGGACAAGUGGCAUCAGUUGCGUGCCCAUUUGGAAUACGUCUACAAAUAUCAUUUUGAUGACGGCGAUUGGUUUCUUUAUGCGAAUGAUGAUAAUUUUGUGGUCAUCGAGAAUCUCCGUCAUAUGCUACUCUCUUAUAAGUCCGAGGAACUCAUCUACUUUGGCUGCAAACUGAGAUCUCUCACGAAUCAGGUUUACAUGUAUGAUGGCUCUAGUAUGGUUUUUAGCAGCGCCACACUCCGCAAUUUCGUUCUUCAAGCGAUGCCAAAUGAGACACUUUGCACCUCAAGAGCAAUGGGAAAUGCUGCAACUGAGGAAUUGGGUCGUUGCCUAAGCAAAAUCCAUGUACAGGCUGGCGAUAGUCGAGAUUAUCUGGGCUACCAUCGAUUUCUACCUUUUGAGCUUAAGGAUCACUUGGGUAAUCCACUAAAUGAAUCGGUGGAUUUGCACAAAAACUUCUUGGCUCGAUCCUACUACCAUGUUCCGGAUCUCAUCGUGCAAGCCUCCGUGCGAUCCAUCAGUUCACACGUCAAUUAUAUGCCAAAUAUAUACAAUCUUUUUUAUCUGACUUAUAAAGUGAAGCAUUUUGGAAUGCCUCUAGUAAAGAAAUGGCAUGACAAUCCCAAAGAUGAGGCAAAUGGUGAAGGAUUGUAUGAACCUUAAAGUUAAAUAAUUUCGAAUUGUAUUACAACAACAAUUAAAGACUUAAAAAGAAUUUUAAAAUGAA